UUGCGGGGAGUUUUGCGAGGAUUCACGGAGUUUCGCGAUGUUCUGUAAAAUGUUGGUAUUGGUAAAUCGUAAUAUUUAGAAUAACGAACGUUGUUAAAAAAAAUAUGCCGCCACGUUCAAUUUCAUAAUGAAGAUAUCAUUACGCGGUAUUCAAAUUGAUUGAGCAAAGAGGUUGACCUGCUGUUGCUUCAGGAUGCCGUUGUUUGGCAAGAAGGACUCGGACAAAAAGGCGAAAAAAGACGCCAAAGAAUCAGAUAAGCAACACACGAUAGAAGAAAAAUAUGUUCUCAAAGAAUUACUCGGCACAGGCGCCUUCUCGGUGGUUCGAUUAGCCGAAAGCAAAGAAAAACCAGGGAUGCUAUAUGCUGUUAAAAUUAUCGAUAAGAAGGCGCUGAAAGGGAAAGAGGAUUCUCUUGAAAAUGAAAUUAAAGUUCUUAGAAGGCUUACACAUACUAAUAUCGUCCAAUUGCUCGAAACAUUUGAGGAUAAAUACAAAGUUUAUCUUGUUAUGGAAUUAGUAACAGGUGGGGAGCUUUUUGAUAGAAUUGUUGAGAAAGGUUCUUACACUGAAAAAGAUGCAGCCGAUUUAAUUCGACAAGUACUUGAAGCAGUGGAUUAUAUGCAUGAACAAGGCGUAGUGCAUCGCGACUUAAAACCUGAAAAUUUAUUGUACUACAGCCCAGAUGAAGAUAGCAAAAUCAUGAUAAGUGAUUUUGGAUUAUCAAAAAUGGAGGAUUCUGGAAUAAUGGCCACAGCGUGUGGAACACCUGGUUAUGUGGCACCAGAAGUUCUAGCUCAAAAGCCUUAUGGAAAAGCGGUCGAUGUUUGGAGUAUAGGAGUAAUCUCAUAUAUUUUAUUAUGUGGUUAUCCACCAUUUUACGAUGAGAACGACGCUAAUCUUUUUGCGCAAAUUUUAAAAGGAGAAUUUGAGUUUGAUUCUCCAUAUUGGGAUGAAAUAAGUGAUUCGGCGAAAGAUUUUAUAAAACAACUAAUGUGUGUAAACGUGGAAAGACGAUUUACUUGUCGACAAGCUUUAGGUCAUCCUUGGAUAUCUGGAAACGCUGCCAGCAAUAAGAACAUCCAUGGCACCGUUUCAGAGCAACUCAAGAAGAAUUUCGCGAAAUCUCGUUGGAAGAGGGCAUAUCACGCGACGACGGUCAUAAGGCAAAUGCAGCAUUUGGCGUUAAGUAGCGGAAGUAGCGGGUUGCAACGUAGUCCGAUUGCGCAGAGAAGUAUGUCUGGUGGGGAAUCCUGCGGUAACUUAAACGGGGCCCAGGAUAAGUAAUAAUAAUAAAAAUAAACGUUAAAUAAUACAAAAAAAACGCUACGUCGCUUGAACUCCCUGCGGCUGCCAGCUCACAUGACGUUGACGACGACGAUGACUUCCGAGAAAAAUAAAAGUUAAAUAAAAAAAAAUUAACGUCGAAUCUCUUUUGAAUCUUUGCAUUUCCGAGAAUCUCAUAUCGUUUCCGUGGCGGACAUUCCCGAACAAUCACCUCACCAGUACCCGGUAAGAUAAAAAGAGGAAUAUAUUCAAACAAUUUACAAUACUUAAAAA